GUGACCCUGUCCGGAACGAGAGCACAAGCCAAGACCACCGAAAUGUCAUUCUUAUUUGAUUGGAUCUACCGGGGAUUUAGUGGCGUUUUACAGUUCUUAGGACUUUACAAGAAGAGUGGGAAGCUUGUAUUUUUGGGGCUUGACAAUGCUGGAAAAACAACCCUCCUACACAUGUUGAAAGACGACAGACUUGGACAGCAUGUGCCCACGCUGCAUCCAACUUCUGAAGAGCUGACAAUCGCUGGAAUGACAUUUACCACAUUUGACUUGGGAGGACAUGUACAAGCAAGAAGAGUUUGGAGGAACUACCUGCCAGCUGUCAAUGGAGUUGUCUUUCUUGUAGACUGCGCUGAUCACGACAGACUCACAGAAUCUAAGACCGAACUUGAUGCUCUCCUUGCAGAUGAGACCAUUGUUAAUGUCCCUGUGCUGGUUUUGGGCAAUAAAAUUGACCGGCCAGAGGCUAUUAGUGAAGGAGGACUGAGAGGAGCAUUAGCUCUUGAUGGCCAGGUCACUGGAAAGGGCAACGUCUCCCUGAAGGAACAGAACGUCAGGCCACUGGAAGUCUUCAUGUGCAGCGUAUUGAAAAAGCAAGGCUAUGGGGAAGGAUUCCGAUGGCUGUCGCAGUACAUUGACUAACAUGUGGAGGGAUUGUUCCCCUAUCAAGUGAGCUUUAGCUGUGAGAGAAUUCUUCACAAAGAAUCAGUGCUGUGUGCAGUCACCCAUGGAAAGCCAUGAAAGCCACAGUUGGUGUUGUGCAGUCCAUAUUCGAAAUCAUGUCCUUCAGGGAUCAUGUCCUUUCGUCAUGUUACAUUCUAGUACUUAGUUUGAUGUUAAAGGUUUCUAUGCAAAUUUUAGGAAGCGGUACAUGAUGCACUGCCUUUAGUAUGUUAUUACCCUAACAUUAGUCAAUCCACUGAGUUGUAUUUCUUGUGCAUAUGGUUAAUUAUAGUAUAUUUGAUAUGUUAAAUCACACCUGAUCGUGAUAGACAUUGGUGAAAGUAUAUUUUAUGCAGAAACAUAGAUAAAUUCCCAAAAGAGCUGAAUGAUUUUUUGCAAGUAGAGCAAGUACCCUAAGUUGCAAUCUAUUAGCAAAUGAGUGUUGAAAAUUAAGGACCAAUGAUGAUUAUAGCGGCAGUCUAAUGGCCGUCGUACAUCAUCUCAGGAUGGUUGAGAUUCGAUUUUAGAACGAUCAAUUUGACACAUUAAUCCUCAUGAGAAGUAAAUUGAUACAGUGGAUUAAUUUUAGGUAGCUAAUUUUAUCUGAUGAUGCAGCCAUUGACUUCAGAGCACUCAGCCAAAGAUGUAUGCAAUCUUCACUAAUGACUUUGAGAUUUUUGAGAAGAGCGUGUACUUCAACAAAAGACAUCUUCCCUGAGGACAGCGGAGCCGAAAAUAAUUUCAAAUCCCGCAGUCAGCCAAAAAAGAGUAAAAGAUAGCACGAACUGCACAUAAAAGUAAAGAUAAGAGCCUACUUCACACCAACAUUUCUUUAUCUUUUGGUGAUGACCAGAAGAGAAAUGCUCUGUAGUGUGGGUUCAUUUAAACAUUUGGCCCAAAGAGCUUUCAUACAUUCAGAUAAAGAACACUAAGAAGAUAUAUGCUUGUUUGCACCAAAUAUAAUUGGAUUAUUCUCCAAUUUCUUUGUUGUUUUGGACCUUGAGAAUGUUAAGUAUAGAAUUUAUGGCUACAAUAGUUACACUAAUGUUAUGUUGGGAUUAAUUAUUGCUCUAGCAUAUUUAUAUUAAUUUAUUUGGCUACAUUAUUACUGUAAUGUAGCCUUUACACACAACCCCCCCCCCCCCCAGUGGAAAUAAGCAUUUUAAGAUACAACUUGUAUUUUUAAAGCAUUAGCCUGGGCAGUGUAAACUAGGCUGAUUUGAAAACGAGUGGAGCAGUAGCUAUAUAAAAACAGCUGAGGUUUACUACUUAAAAUGCUUGUUUGGCUACAAAGAGAAACAUUUUGAAGCUGUGGGUCCACAGAAUAAAACCGCAAACUACUGCGGCAGGUAUUGCACUGCCUUCUAUGGGCAUCUUCCCACAUGGGGACAGAAAUACCCUCAAAAUAUCAGGAAGCAAUAAAGUGGAACGACAGUCUCGUGUUGUGCCAGACACGAUCUUAAUUCCCCACUACAUUCAGCAGAAGUGGAGGGAACAGGGUUCUGACCCCGUUUAUAGAAAUCUGUUUGUCGUUCUAACAACUUCUGUCAUACAUCCAACAUAAAGCAGCGCUGGCAGCACAAAGGCUGUUUUUAUUUGCUCAUCUAUUCAUGAAUUCCCCAUGUUGGCUUCUGAGGGACAACGCACUUUUUUUAUCAGCCGUGGUGUUUGUUACCAACUUAAUUGAAUUAAUUAUUUAGCCCAGCUUGAUGCGACAGUAAACAGCAAGGCUUUAGAUAAUAAUGGUAGCUCGUUUUUUUGAAGGCCAGAUAAGCUAGGCAUGUGAAGCAAUAUUUGUUCUAAUCUUUGCAGGGUGUACACUGAAGAUUGAUAUUAAUGACCAAAUCUAGAAUCGCCAUUAUCUAUUUAUUUGUCAUUAUUAGCAAGAAGGGAACUGUACUGCAUUUCAUCGGCAUGUUUAGAGUCGAUUGUUCAUUAUAUGUUUGCAAAUUUGCUGUAACAUAAUUGAUAACAAAUAUGGGAUUGGUGUUUAGGCUGUCCGUGUCCAGCUGUCGUAGGCCUGGAAUGCUAAGAGAUGUGGACUUUUUGACUAUCUGGAAAGAUACGAGAGUGCACUUGCAACAAUAAGCGCAUUGACAUGCAGGUUCAUUUUCCAUUAUUGUUAUGGAUAUUCACUUAUUCUUCUAUUCAGUUUUUUUUCCAUUUAAAGUGUGUACCUUGUGUCCAGUAGCCCAGAUAAGCAAACAUCCUGACUAAGAGAACUAUGAAUAUGGAAGCUGGGAUCUGCCAACGUAUAGCAGGAUGCAGAAGCGUGUAAUAUCUAAUUUACUUGUAUUUUCCUGCCUUGUAUGUUUUUAUGGUACUGUUUUGAAAAGAAAUCUGUUCUUAUGUUCAGGGAUGUUUAUGGUUGCGAUGUGACGAUACAUAUAUAAACAAUUUUACCUGAAUGAGUGCUUAACCGUAAAUAUAAGCUAUUCACCAUUAUAAUGAAUGCAAGUUUACACGAACACCUUUUUCCUUCACCCGUGUUCUGCAGCAUUUUCUCUUGAGAUGUUGUAAAUAAUGUAAAAUACAAAUGUACAUGUUCGGACGGUUCAUGCCCUUGAACUGGUAACAUUGAUUGUUAGUUAUUUAUUACAGACUGUAUUCAUUUAAGUAAAUUACAUAAAUAUUUUCAACAAUCCUCCCCGCAAGUGGCUUUGAACUCGAAUGGCAAUGUAAAAAGAGUGAUGAAGCCUGCGUUCAUCCACUGGAUGGUUUCAAUUUUGUCGCU